CAACCCUGCUAAUUGGGCGCUGCAUGAGACAUCCCAACUGGUUUGGUUUAUGCCUGAAUACUAUGACUCAGAUGGACUGCAAAUAAAUUCAGUGAUUGUGUACAUACAUUGCAAGAUUUGUCGACAGAUUUGAGUUUAUCCAUCAUGGCAGGCAGCGUUGGAUUGGAAAAUAUGCUUGUCCAAGGAGACGAAGAUAGCCAGACGCAUGAUCAGGCCGAGCAAUCGCCAUCUGGCCAGGAACGCUCGCUGGACGAGCUGUUGCAGCAGUGUCGACAAGUUCUGCGGGAAGUGGACGACUUCAAAACUCAUCUUGCAAGUUGCAAAAAGGACAAGACGGUGGAAUUGAGACAUUUUAGAAAUACAAUUAGUUCGGAGCUGAAGUUGCUGGAAAAGCUUACAAAAAUCGACCCCGCCACGGCAGAACUCCGAUCUCAACAUGCAGUCCGCUCCUCCAACGUCCCAUUCUACUCCGCGGUAUGGGCCGCUGCAAAGCGUUCCGGGAGUGUUGUAGCAUUCAACAAGCGAUUCUACUGGGAAGAGCCACCGCGACGAGUGCCCCUACAGCAGUGUCAACCCGGAUCUGGCGCUAAUUCGCCAUCAACAUCAUCCGUCGAUACACCACUAAACCGUGCAGGUCCAGCAGCAGCCAGUUCUAAACGUCGAAAAGCCCACCGGCCCAAACGCAAAAGUGCCCUGGUCGACGUCGUUGCUCGCGGCGGCGAGGAAUGGAUCAAAGUCUCGACAAUCACUUCUACUCGAAUAGGUUUCGAAAUGGCCAAGGUCGGCUGGGAAGCAGACAGCCAAGCUUCGUCCUCGAAUUCCGAGUAUUCUGAUGAUGAUGAUGACGACGACGACAUUUCUCUGGCAAAAGUGACUGCCCGUCUCGUGCGCGCCGCGAAAUCAGUCCGUGUCCGGUACCGCCAUCCUCAGGUCGUUCUCGUUCUUCCCAAAAUAUACCAGCACGAACACCCAGCCAUUGACGCGCUUCUUGACGACCUCCGCCGGACCGGCACCGUUGUCGAGACCGGCGAUACCAUACCCGCCUCUCCGGCUCUCUCCUCUUCCAUCCUGCGAUCCCUUACCAUCGACCCCAUCAGGUCGUUCGCCCCGACAGUCAACGUCGACUGCACGCUGCUUCUCGCGCUCGUAUCGGACCUUUCCCACGGCGACGUCACGCCCCAGCCAUGGUUCCACACGGCCAUCAAGCGCCAAAUCGAGCGCGAAAAGAGCGAUACCUUACUCCCGUCGGUUCUUUUCCCCGCCAUGCGCGGCCGGAAACUCGUCUGCGUGGCCCAGGCUGCGGAGCGUAUGCGCGACAUUGUCGCCACUAUCGGCACGCCCACAGAGAAGGCACGGACAAGAGUGCUCUUGGGAGAUGUUGAUGCGGAUGCAGAGACGGAUAUUUUUCAAUUAGUGGGCAAUCAUGAUAAUGUCAAGGACAGUAAACAUGGCUCCGCAAGCAUCACAUCUUCCGCAAAUCUCACGGCUUUAUUCCAAACGCUCUCUUCGCAUUCUAUUCCCGCGGAUCUACAUCUUCCCAUCUCCGUUGUAGCCCAAGAGGAGGUUGAUGCCGCGGUGGAAAAGACUCUCCCGCCUACGAUAUCCAGCUCGCUCGCACAGGACUUGUCGGAUAUUAAUACUGCGGUCUUCAUGUACGGCUGGGCACAGGGCAUCACGACGCUCUCCUCGAAUAAGACGGUGGCCAAGCAUAUCCAAGUUGCGGUCGAAGAGGACCUGGAUGCGCGAGACGGAGAGCGGGAGGCGCAAGAUGGAGAAGGAGGAGAAGGACGAGGGCAAGGGGUUGUACCUGCAGGUCCGGAUAUUUGGUUAUGUCCUACCGCGCGCAGUUUGGUAGGCAAGGAGAAGAACAGACGGGAGUGAGCGGCUUCGUUGUGAGUUUUCUCUUGGGGAUUGGAAAUAUCGAAUGUGUUUCUUUUCUUCUUCUUCUUCUUCUUCUUCUUCUUCUUCUUCUUCUUCUUCUUCUUCUUCUUCCCCCCCCCGGGCCCUCAACCCAGGAAUCAUUGGAGUCAAGCAUUGUAGAUAUCACCUGAACCAUCUGCGUGGAGUGAAGAAAGUGAAUUGGAAAAGGGCGUAGAUAGAUGAAAUGACGAUAAGAUGCAUGCGCGGAACUAAGAGCAUGAUACGUAUUACUCAUUUCUUUGAAUUAAAUAUUCUUUCAU